CGAGUGUCACUAAAGGAAACCAGUACAGUCGCCCCUGGAUCAGCUAUUCAGGGGCGCUCAACUAGGGUACUGAGCUGCGAUUAUAGGAGCAGUGAUGCGACUGACAAGGAGCGUUGGAUUGGUAGUGUGAUUACUAUGGAUAGACAAUCACGAGAUGGAACUAAGACUAUGACAUGGUGUUGUACUUUCGCUUGUCAAUGA